GCCGUAUAUGAAACGUAUCUAUCACACGUACGAUAUCCACACGGUAUUUUUCACACACAUUUACUUAUAGUGUAUCUAUUUGAUAUCGAAAUUGAUUUUUCUCAAAAGGAUUGCCACACUGCUCGCACGUCUAAUUUGCAACAAUUACUUAAUAUUCUAGAGAAGAUAGUUGAUAGUAUCUUUGAAAUAUUUUGUUAAAUAUUGUGGAGUUGUGGUUACGUAGGAAAGUAUUAUAAUAUCGUGUACGAGUUAUUUGUAAUCAUGCAAAUACUAUCUUUCAAUUUUUUAAUGUAUACCUUCGCUGGCAUAUGGCGGCCUGUUGAAUGGUCAUCGAAUGGGGCCAAGCUGCUGUAUAACAUAUUUACAAGUAUUGUACUAUUGUUGGAAUAUUUUUUGAUGCUAAGUCAAUUUAUGGAUAUCCUGCUUAUGAUGGAUAAUAUCGAUGAUUUCGUAACAAAUUCCUUAAUAUUUGCGGGUGUCGCUGUUGUCACAUGCAAAACCACUCUCGUUGUGAUACGCCGGGAUGCUAUCAUUAAUUUGGUGCAAAUAUUGUUGACGGCACCUUGUAAACCUCGAAAUGAGGAUGAGAAGAUGAUACAAACGAAAUUUGAUGAGUUUAUCAGGUCGUGGUCAAUGAAAUAUUUUCUUUUGGCGAUGAGUUCUCUUACGAGUGUAACAAUAAGAUCGGUACUAAAUGUUAUACAGGGUGAAUUACCUUACAGAGUAUGGGUGCCAUUUGAUUAUAACAUACCUCUAGUGUUCUGGAUUGUAUCCAUUCAGCAGACCGUAACUAUGAUUUUCGCCACUAUCAUAAAUGUCGGCACGGAAACUUUAGUUUUCGGAUUGUUUUUGCAAACGUGCGCCCAGCUUGAAAUUUUUGAAAAUCGUCUACAUAAAUUGGUAACUAAUAAGACAACCAAAUAUAUAGAGCAUUCACUUGCAUCGUCAAGUGCAAGUGAAAAUAAUAAUGUGAUGAUAUCGGAACAUAUACGUCAUCACCUCAGCAUUUACAAAUACGCCGAAACGGUGAACGUUAUAUUCAACGAGGUACUUUUCAUGCAAUUCUUCGGCAGUAUCUUGAUAUUAUGCACAAGUGUAUUUUACAUGUCGGCACAUAUUUCGGAGUCUGGAACUGCGCCUUUGCUGGUAUACACCAUUUGUAUGUUUGUACAAAUUUAUGUUUAUUGCUGGUCCGGAAACGAAGUCAUGCUCAAGAGCAUGAGUAUAGGAGAUGCAGUAUAUCAUUUGGACUGGCCUUCACUACCAAUAAGUGAAAAGAAAGAAUUGUUGAUGAUUAUGAUACGUAGUACAAUUCCAAUAAAGUUUACCAGUAGUUUUUUGAUAACUAUAUCUCUUCAGUCUUACGUCAAUAUGCUGAAAACAUCAUACUCGGCAUUUAAUGUGUUACAACAAUCCUAAGAUACAAGUAAUCGAAAAUAUGUCUAAAUAUGUAUAAUAAUAUAAUUUAUAGAUUUUUUGAUCGAAUUAACGGUUAUGAGUCUCAAAAUUUGUUCUUAUAUAUUCUUAUAUUAUUUUCUGUUCGCGAAAAUGCACCAUAAUGUAAGAAUACUUUAUUAUUUAUAUCUUUAUUUAUUUACAAUUAUUUUAUUCAUUCGAUUUUUAUGUUUUAAAUGGCUGCAGAAAUAUAAUGCACAUCAAUAAGUAUGUAAUAUAUGUGCUA